GAGAAAGUGUUCGGCGGAGAAGGAGUGAGUUUUAGAGACGCCCGGCGAGCAGGACCUGCGCCUGCGGGAGAGCGUGGCCGCCUGGGCUCCUCGCCUCCUCUGCUUGCUCUCCUGUGUCCGCUUUCAGAACCCCGAGCGAAGAACAGUUCCCGGCAGCCCGCAGCGCUGUCAAGGGACCGCCGCUGGCCAGGCUACCUGCAGCCUUGACCUGGCUCAGGGGCACCCUCUGAGAACCCAUCUUCUCCCCUCUGUUGGUGUGCAAGUCAACACGGGGGGGAAAGCAUCCGGCAGCCUCAGGGAGCCCUAAAGAAGCUGAAGCAGAAUGUACCAGGGACACAUGCAGAAAAGUAAAGAAAAAGGAUAUGGAAAACUAAGCAGUGAUGAAGACCUGAAAAUAAUUGUUGAUCAAAAGCAGGGAAAAGGCUCUAGGGCGGCAGAUAAGGCUGUUGCCAUGGUGAUGAAGGAGAUACCGAGGGAGGAGUCUGCUGAAGAAAAGCCCCUCCUUACUAUGACAUCACAGCUGGUGAAUGAACAGCAAGAAAGCAGACCCCUCCUGAGUCCCUCCAUCGAUGAUUUUCUCUGUGAAACCAAAUCGGAGGCAAUAGCAAGGCCAGUAACGUCCAACACAGCCGUAUUGACCACAGGUUUAGAUCUCCUUGACCUGAGUGAACCCAUCUCUCAAACCCAAACCAAAGCCAAGAAGUUGGAGGCCUCAUCGAAAACCUCAUCCCUCAAGAAAAAGGCUGAUGGGCCUGACCUCAUCAGUGCGGAUGCUGAGCAGAGAGGCCAGGCUCUCCGAAACUUAGAGAUGGCAUCCCUAGACUUAGACAUUCAAACACAACUGGAAAAAUGGGAUGAUGUUAAGUUUCAUGGAGAUCGAAAUAGCAAGGGACAUCCCAUGGCAGACAGAAAAUCAAGCUCAUCUAGAACUGGAUCAAAAGAACUUUUAUGGUCCUCAGAGCACAGAUCUCAGCCAGAGCUGAGUGGUGGGAAAAGCGCCCUGAACUCUGAGUCGGCUGCGGAGCUGGAAUUGGUGCCUCCAACACAGGCUCGACUGACCAAAGAACAGCGCUGGGGAAGUGCAUUGCUUUCCAGAAACCACUCCUUAGAAGAGGAAUUUGAAAGGGCAAAAGCAGCAGUGGAGUCAGAUACAGAGUUUUGGGAUAAGAUGCAAGCCGAAUGGGAAGAAAUGGCCCGGAGGAACUGGAUAUCGGAGAACCAAGAAGCCCAGAACCAGGUUACAAUCUCAGCUAGCGAGAAGGGAUAUUACUUUCACACUGAAAACCCCUUCAAGGACUGGCCUGGAGCAUUUGAAGAAGGUUUAAAAAGGCUGAAGGAAGGAGACCUGCCAGUUACCAUCCUGUUCAUGGAGGCAGCAAUUCUUCAGGACCCUGGAGAUGCAGAGGCAUGGCAGUUCCUCGGGAUAACCCAGGCAGAGAAUGAAAAUGAACAAGCAGCUAUUGUCGCCCUCCAGAGGUGCUUAGAAUUGCAGCCCAACAACUUGAAAGCUUUGAUGGCUUUGGCUGUGAGUUACACUAACACCGGACAUCAGCAGGAUGCCUGUGAAGCUUUAAAGAAUUGGAUUAAGCAAAAUCCAAAGUACAAAUACCUUGUGAAGAGCAAGAAGGGGUCUCCAGGCCUCACCCGGCGGAUGUCAAAGUCUCCCGUUGAUAGCUGUGUUCUGGAAGGAGUGAAGGAAUUAUAUCUAGAAGCUGCCCACCAAAAUGGAGAUAUGAUCGACCCAGACCUACAGACAGGCCUGGGGGUACUGUUCCACCUGAGGGGAGAAUUUAAUAGAGCAAUAGAUGCAUUUAAUGCUGCCUUAACUGUUCGGCCAGAGGACUAUUCAUUAUGGAACCGCCUCGGGGCGACCUUGGCAAACGGAGACCGCAGCGAGGAAGCCGUGGAGGCCUACACACGAGCACUGGAGAUUCAGCCAGGCUUCAUCCGGUCCAGAUACAACCUGGGGAUAAGCUGCAUCAACCUGGGCGCCUACAGAGAAGCGGUCAGCAAUUUUCUCACUGCCCUCAGUUUGCAAAGAAAGAGCAGGAAUCAACAGCAAGUUCCUCAUCCUGCAAUCUCUGGGAAUAUCUGGGCUGCCCUCAGAAUUGCCCUCUCUCUGAUGGACCAACCGGAACUCUUCCAGGCAGCUAAUCUCGGUGACCUGGAUGUCCUCCUGAGAGCUUUCAACUUGGAUCCUUGAUGGAAAAGAAAAAAAUAAAAAGAAUCCCUGAUCUGUGUAAUUGUACUGAGAAAUGCAAAACUAUUUCAUUAUGAAUUCCAAAAAGGAUAAAAAGGAUGUUCAAAAGGCUAUGGUGAUAUAACCCAGUGGAAUUCCUACAGACAAUGCCCAGUCUCUGUUCAGAUCCAAAAGCACAAAACAUUAUAUAGUCAAGGUCGGGCUCAGAAGAAUUGAUAGACACAAACCAAGAUUAAGUAACUGUGUGAAUACUCUUCACAAGCUGCAAGCAUAUUGCAAGUUUGUUCUUUGGGGUUUUGUCCCCACUUGCAGCUGAUGACACAUCUAAGGAACUUGCUCAUGGGACACCUGGAGAAAGCACUGCCUUGGAUCAGGGAAUUGUGUUUCUGAACUGUCCCCUGAAAUUCCCCCUUUUACCAGAUUGAACAUAGUUUGGGCCAAGGUGCAUGCACAUAUAUUAACUCUUGACUGAAGAGAGGCAUUGCUUAAACCUGUUCCAAUUUUAACUUUUAUUGUUGCCCUUUGAUUCCAGAGAGGGAGCUUUGCUGGCAAAAGCAGUUUUUGCACUAGAAAUUUUUGCUCUUCCCAAUCAAAACUUUUCUGGGAUUGUAUAUAUGCACUUUAAUAUUUUUGCCUUGCUGGAGUUAUGUUUCGUUGCUCCAAUUUUUAACCUGGAGGUAAAAGAUUAGAGAACUCAGCCUUGUUUGAUCAACGGACCAAAUAACAAUUCCUGAAAAUAGUUUUUCAUAGCGUAGGGUUUUGAAGGAACGUUUUUCUUAAAGCAGGUAUGACAUACGGUGUAGUAUGUCAAACACAUCUUAUUCACAUGCUUUUCUGGGACUGUCUGAACUUAAGCAAGAGAUAAGGUAGUAUCUCUUCACAAAUUCUGUGCAGGAAGAAAGUUUGAUGAUAUUGUGAUUUCUACUGAGUUAACAUUAACUUGCUUAAAUGUCGUAUUUUCCUUGCUUUCUAACUGCUCUGCACAGUUAAUAUUCCUUUUAAAUUGUUAACAUUUUAAAUAGUAUUUGAGUGAUAAAUACAUCUUUUCCUUAAAAUUAUGUAUUUUCUUAGUUCCAUAAUAAUCUGCACUGCUCACCCUUUUGCAUUCUAAGUGAUAGAAGAUCAAUAUUUUCUAGCUGAACCUCACUGAAUGUCGGUGGUUUAAUAUGAAAGAUGCAUGCCUGGCUUUCACUUUGAACAUUUGUCAAGCAUCGGGAAUUUUCUGCUGGCGGUGAUGUUUAAUUGGUUAUAGUCCACUCAGUUCUUCAGAGCGUUUUGUGCCUGUGGAGAGUUUGGUGAUUAGUUGGAAAGACACCAUUUUUUAAAGAAUUAGAAAAAUUGUUUGCAAAAUGGUAACCAAAAUAUAACUUCACUGAUGGUCCAGUUCUAGUAAUUUAUCCUGGGAAGUUGUCCCAUUCUUCUUUAUUGUGUCUCCUUCCUUCUUCCAGAACCUUCCCCAAAGCAAUCUGAUCCCAACUUUUUCUUCAUAUUCUUUGGUUAGUAAUAGCUGGUUCCAUUCGUCAUUAUAGUUACCC